AGCAAAGUCAUCCAGAAGAAAUUUGCAAUAUCAACAACAUACCACCAGUUGCAAUAGAGGCAUCGUUUUCGUGUGAUAACUAGAAUUUGUCGGGUUUGCUGAGAGACGGACGCGGAGCCAUGGUUAGGGGAGCGUAUACAUUGUACGCGGUGCUGGUCAUCGCGGCUGGCUUGCGCUCGGCACUGGCUGGCAACGUGGAAGUGCACAUCGACACGAGCAAGGCGGUGGCGACAGUUCCCGAGUACUUCCGUGGCUUCACGUGUGAUUGGUGGCGUCAUAACAACCCUUCCUAUGGCGACGAUUGGCGCAUGGCCGGUAUGCUGACCCUGGAUCUGACCAGCACGCGUCUCAAGAAGAUGUUCACCAACCUGGUGCCGGCCCUGUGGAGAAUUGGCGGCACACCCGAGGACGAGGUGGUGUACGCGAUCGGCAACGCACCGGAAUGUCCGCCGGAUCAGAUCCAGAACUCCACCAACUACCCGGGUCCACUGUGCCUGACACCGGAGCGCUUCAAGGACAUCGUCAUGUUUGCUCACGAGACUGGCGUGCACCUCGCCUUCGGCCUGAGUGGCGCGUACGGACGAGCGAGCGGCAAGGACAACUUCAACUCCACCAACAGUCACGAGCUGCUGAAGUACGCCGCCGCCAACAAGCUUCCAAUAUUUGCGUUCGAGCUGUCCAAUGAGAAGAACGGCUGGGACCCGGUCAAGCUGGGCGAAGACUUUAACACGGUGCGCGGCUACAUCAAUGAGCUCUGGCCAGACGAGGCAACACGUCCUCUCCUUGUCGGUCCCGACACAGCAAGCACGCCGUGGAUGAAGACGUUCUUUGGCACGGCGGGAAAGUCCCUGAACGCGUCCACGUUCCACACCUACUGCAAUGGCUACACCACAUGCGAGCAGACAAUGCUGAAUCCGAAGGUGCUCGACGGUUGCAUCAACGCGGCCGUCAGCACCAUUGAGUACACGCGCGAGGGCAUACCCAGCAAUCCAAACAUGCCCGUCUGGGCCGGGGAGGACGGACCGCACAGUGGCGGCGGGCGGCCCAACUGCACGGAUAGAUUCGCCGACGCCUACUGGUACCUGGAUCACUUGGCCACUCUGGCACUCCAUGGCGUGCAGGCAUUUGCACGGUCCACGAUGGUGGGCGCAAACUACGGCCUGCUGAACCGCACCACAUUCGAGCCGCACCCGGACUACUAUGCCGCGUUAUUGUGGGGGCGGCUGAUGGGAACGUCGCAUCUGAACGUGACGACUGGGAGCGCGGACGGCAUGCUCCGCGCCUAUACAACCUGCAGGAACCGAUCGACGGUCGUGAUCCUGCUGAUGAAUCUGGACACCGAACACAAUCACACAGCCAUGCUCGCACCACCAGCGUCGUCCACACGGGCAAGCUCGGGCAGCACCGCGUAUCAGAUGGUGUAUAUGCUGGCUGCGACGGGAGGCCUGGAAGGAAUGUACGCCGACGACGUCUCAUUCCUGCAGGAUGGCCAGUUCAAGGUGCUCCGGCUUGGUGCGGACGACAGCUUGCCAGACCUGACGCCCACAAAGGAUACCUUUGGUCAGGUGAACAUGCCGCCUCUGAGCUAUGCGUUUGUGGAGUUGGACUCCAACGCAGCCACAUGCAGUGUCUAACACUCCAACACAGCACUGAUACUUUUUUCUUCUUCUUUUCUUUUUUUUUAACGAUGCAACGCAAUAUUGUGGAAAGUACACAACAAUAAGGGACAAGAGGAAAGUUUUACAAUAAUAAUACAGCGCUGAUAAUCCAAUGCAGUAUAUGCAGUAACGUUUGGUACCCAAUUAUCCCAUUAAUACGCUGUAACCUAAUGUCACAAAUGCACUUUCGCUGACUCUGGGUAAUUCUGAUUUCUUUUCUGAAUAGAUUUUUCUGAUUUUUCAAACUUUUAGGAAUCAAUACCCCCAUGAUAGGGCAGGCCCGAAAAUUUGGGGAAAUGUAAAUUUUAAUUUGAAAUCGCAGUGAA